CUCCCAUUUUGCGGGAGCGCUCUUCGCUUCUCUCGCCGUCGCAGGGCUUCGAGCGCCUUCCCCCGUCGGCGGCGGAGGACGGUGCGAGGCUCCAAUGCCCAUAGUAAAUUAUCGAAGGGUCGGUGGUGACGGUCCUGUCGCAGCCUCCGCAUCCACAGACCUGUGCCGAUCUAGAUGCGGAGAGAGGGAUGAAGACUCCUGCCUUAUACGUUCCUUUCGGUGAGGGAGAGCACGACAACGCUGUGCGGCGGCCUGAAACUCGACGCUCGGUGGGUGGUGAUAACGGAUUGGAUUGAUUGUACUGAAUGUACUCUACAUGUUGUACUCCCCGAUGCAUGCUUUUGAUGCAAGGAGUCAAGAGUUUUACUUUGCAGUACCGCAUUGAUAGUACUUGCAUUACAGUAAUAUUCUCACCUAUACGACAUGUACCUCCAAUGCGGAAUUCCUGUACAGUUGUACAAAUAAUGAGCGAGCAUGAGUGAUGGUGACUAGUAGUGGAUCAUAGUGGGGCCGUCGUCCCUCUCCUUCCUCUCUUUUCAACACCAUAACGGAUCCGCUGAAAGUGGUUCUUACAUCCAACAAACUCUAUUUUCAAAUUGUACUUCUAGUGGCAGGACGAGUACCGAUGUACUCUAUUCCAUAGCUGAAUAUGAUGGAUGGCAGGUCUAUCUAUAUAUAUGUAGGUCCUCUCUCCUUUGUCAUAUUCUUCUCUUUCUUCAAUAUAAUUCUCACAUUCGAGCUUCGACCUCUCCUCCACCUCCUCUCCUUCCCUCCCCUUUCUUCACAGCCCCCACUUUACCUGCCUCACUCUCUAUUACUUUUCAUUAUCACAUCAUACAACAAAACACAACACCGCACAACCUGGCAAAGCUUCCACUCCACCAACACCCUCGAUGACCGAGCACAUACCCUCCUCGGCGACCUCCAUGGUCGACGAAGAGAAAAUGGAGAAGAAGCUCGCCGAAUCCACCACCGACCGUCCAACAAGCGGCAGCGAGGCAUCCCUCAAGGAUGGCCUCUCCGCCGACAAUGCAGUCCCCGAGACCGUCUACCCAACCGGUUUCCGCAUGGCCGCCAUCGUCGUCGCUCUCGCCCUAGGAAUCUUCCUCGUUGCCCUCGACAUGACCAUCGUGGCGACCGCCAUCCCCAAAAUCACCGACACAAAAGGCUUUGAGGGGCUUGAUCUGAUCGCCUGGUACAGCUCUGGCUUCUUCCUGACGCUUGGUUCCUUCCAAUCUACAUGGGGCAAAAUCUACAAAUACUUCCCCUUAAAAAUCUCUUUCCUAAUCUCCAUCGCCGUCUUCGAGCUCGGUUCCCUAAUCUGCGGCGUCGCGCCCAACAGCACCGCCCUGAUCGUCGGCCGCGCCAUCGCCGGUGCAGGAGGUGCCGGUAUCGCCUCGGGAGGUUACACCAUCAUCGCCUUCUCCGCCUCUCCUAAGAUGGCGCCUGCAUUUACUGGACUCCUGGGUGCUAGUUACGGAGUCGCUAGUGUGAUUGGUCCGCUCCUUGGUGGUGUCUUCGCUGAUCAUGCGACGUGGAGGUGGUGUUUUUAUAUUAACCUACCCAUCGGAGGCGUAGCAGCAAUAAUCAUCUUCCUCUUCUUCCAGACUCCCCCCGCCGCGAUCCCCGCCGCGGCCCCUCUCCGCGAAAAGCUCCUCCAAAUGGACCCCCUCGGCAACCUCAUCGUCCUCAUCGGCGUCGUCUGCUACAUCCUCGCCCUGCAAUGGGGCGGCGUCACCAAAUCUUGGUCUUCUGGCCCUGUCAUCGGGACGCUCGUCGCUUUCGGGCUAUGCAUCUUCCUCUUUAUUGCCGUGGAAUACUACCUGGGCGAGCGCGGGAUGGUCGUCGGUCGUCUGCUGAAGAAACGCACAAUGUGGGUCCCAAUGUUGUACUCCCCGUUCCUGGGGGGUGCGUUCUUCGUCCUGCUCUACUACCUCCCUAUCUACUUCCAAGUUGUCGGCGGAGUUUCGCCGUCGGAAUCUGGGAUCAGGAAUCUGGCGAUGAUUAUUGCUACUUCCAUUGCUACGAUCGCUUCGGGGGCGCUGAUUAGUAUGUUCGGACACUACGUGUACAUCCUCAUCGCCGGCGGCGCAUUCACCGCCAUCGGCGCAGGCCUAAUCUACACCCUUGGCCUCGACUCCCCCGCCUCCCAAUGGAUAGGGUACCAAGUCCUCGCCGGUCUCGGUGUAGGUUUAUCAAUCCAAUGCGCCAUCAUCGUCGCGCAAAGCACCUCCGCGCCCGCCGACGUCUCCUCCGCCACCGCAAUGGUGCUCUUCACCCAAACCAUCGGGGGCGCAUUUUUCGUCUCCGCCGGCCAAACAGCAUUCACCAACAUCCUCCUCAAGCGGGUUCAGAUCUACGUUCCGGGAAUUGAUCCCCAGAGAAUCCUGGCUGUUGGAGCUGGGCAGAUUAGAGAGGCGUUUGAGGCGGAUGUGGUGGAGGGCGUUAUUAGGGCGUAUUUGGAUGGCCUCAGGGGGGCGUUUGCGAUUGCGGUUGCGUGUGCGGCGAUUGCGACGUUGGUUGGGGCGGGGGGGAAGUGGGUUAAGCUUGCGGGGAUGGCGGGGGGGGCUAUGUGAGCUCGUGUCUGCUUGAUCGGUUGCAAAACGGGGAAGAGUUGUUUGAUAGAGAGAGAGUGGAGGGGGUAAUGGUAUAGACCGACUUGUGGUGCAAAGAUUGGACCACAACUAGAUAUGGGUGGAUUCUUCUCUGGCGUUUUUUUGGGGCGGGCAUUAUUGGGUAUCCUAUACUCACUUAGCAUUGGCGAGGCGUUCUCUUACGGAUGGGUAAUAGAUUGAUAAAUAGACGGAUGGGACAGGACAGGAAGGGACGGAUAUACAGGCUCGACCAACUCAGCAGCUGCAUAUUCAAAAAGACAUAUCUUGUAUACCAGUGCUUUCUUAUUAGCUUUCUGGGUUAAUACUACACUACUCUAUACUUGGCUGUUUCGUCCACUUCUGUAUGAUAUAUAUCUCCGGUGGGGCUUUUCUGCCAUGUUCUGUAUAACGUAGGCUGGUCCCGAUAUCAAAAGUGGUCGAAUACUCGUACUGGUUUUCGAGUACAGAUGUCGCUGUCAUGCGCUCAGCUCUCGGGGUAUCUCCAUAUCUCGCGCCUGUCGGGUAGCUGGGGUAUCUCCAUAUCUCCGCAUCGCCUCCUGUGACGCCAGCACCAUGCUGAAGCGUCCAUCACCUCAUCAAC